GCAGAACAACAUGGAGCUAGCUACAUCACUUUUGGAUUAGCUUCAGAUACCUAUUUCAGUGCAAAAUUAGACUUCUAACUAAGUAUUUUUUGCUGUGAGCGUAGCUAGUGCUAUGAGUAGUUAAUAUAAAUUAUGUAGCAAGUAAAAUUGUAUUCCUCUGUAUUAAUUAGGUAAUAAGUGGCAGCUAAUUUGGCGUCAGAAAUGGCAUACUCACAUAACCCUGAUAUUUUUCGCUGGAAAAGAGUUACUAAGACUAAAAAACCCACUGCAGAUAAGCAGGUGCAGCUCAAUAAUGGGGAGAUCAACCAAUGGAUGAAGACAGUGGAAAUGGCCUCAGACAUUGCAGUGACUGAGGUUUUUUCCCUGAAGAAGCCCCAUUCAGUGAUAAGCAGUCAGUCAAUGGCACUACACAGCACAGAGCAGCUGCUGGAUCAUGACCAAGCAUACGGGGAAGCCCAGGCUCUUCUUAGUGAUUGGAUGAACAGCAAGUUGCGUCUGGAAUUGGAGAUGGAGGAAGAGGAGGAUGUGAUUGUCUCCCCUGAGAAGAACAGUCCAGAAGCCAUGCCACCUGCCCAGCCUGUCUCCCUGGACUACAGCAACUUUGAUGACCUGUAUUCCCACCUGGCUGAGGAAGAGGAGAGCUCAGCGGUUAACAACUUCCUUCAAGACCUCAUGGAGCGGGAAGUGGUGGAUUCUGGGAUAGUGGAGGAUCUGGCACUAGACUCUGAAGAGCGAGACAAGAGGAUGAGGAGGGACCCGAGCCUCACCAUGGAGGCACGUCACCGACAGGUGCGUGAGAACCGUGCACGGCGGGACGCGGAGCGGGAGAGGUUGCACAGGGAAAGAGUGGCGCGGAGGCAGGCCAGGGAGGAGGCGCAGAGGAGGGAGCAGGGGGAGGAGAGGCGGAGGAGGCAGGAGGCACGCAGGCAGGAGGAGAUGGUGCAGCAGGAGAUGGUGCGACUGCGCCGUGAGACGGAGGAGAGGAGGAACCUGGAGCAACUAGCCAGGCAAAUGGAGAGGGAGAGGAUCGCUAGGAAGACGGCAGCUAAGAGCUCACUGGUACUCCAGCCAGGCCCUUCAUUCUCUACUGCACAGAAACAACGUGACACUGAGAGACCACUCAGACUACAGCAAGUAGAGGUCAGGGUUCAGAUGCACAACCUUAAGUGUCUGCAGAGGCACUUCUCUGGCUGGUACUCAGUGCUGUUGGAGAGGAGGUUGCAGAUGGGCAAGGCGGCAGCGCUCUGUGAUUGGAGGAGACAGCUGAGGGCGUGGCGAGACUGGCGGGCGCUGGUGUGGGCAGGGCGAGAGCAGCGGGAAGCGGAGAGAACAGAGGAGGAGUUACGGACCCAGAAAAGACGCUGCCAGGUGGCGAUGGUGAGUGACCGGAGGCGUUUGCUAAGACGUUGCCUGAGUGAUUGGCGGCUGUGGUGUCGGGCGGAGAGAGAACGCCGUGAGCUGUUGUCACAGCAGCAAGAGACGCGGCGCAAGAUGGCCACCCUGAUUAAUGCCGUGGCAACUGGGAAACUCAAGAUGGAGGAGACGCAUACUCCUGAGCCAAUCACUGCCCUACCUGAGCCUUCUGACCAAUCAGAAACCGUAGAACUGAAAGGUCAGCCAGGGUCACAACCUGCUGGCCCCACCCCCUCUCCUGCCUGUCAAGGGGACGGACCGCUGGGGGCUGUGGUCCUGCACGCCCUCCCCUGGCAGGUGACAAGGCGUAACGCAGCGCUGAGUGCAGGCGAGCUGAGGCGAGCACGGGAGAGGGGCGAGGUGGGCGAUGGGGACGACAGUGUAGGGGCUGCCCCCCGGUCUCAUACAGCAGCGUUGUGUGGGGGCCGGUUCGAGCAUCGCCAUGCCAGCCAGCAGCAGACCAUUGCAGAGCAGAGGAAGCUCCUCAGGGAGCAACAGGAGCAGAUCGCACGCCUCCAGGAGGAGCAGAGCAUGAUGGGACUGAGGCAGGAGGCCCAGACAGCCGCCCAGAUCGCUGUCCCAGCAUCCCCAAGGCCCAGAGGGAUGACCUCUGACCCCAAAGAAUCCAGGGCUGGAAGAGUCGCUCGGGGGAACGAUGGCCGUUUCUCGGCCUACAGGAAACCAGCUGUCCGUCAGCCCUGUCGUCAUCCCACUGUCAUGGCCAUGGAGCAACGUGCUCAUCAGCGAGCGGAGCGCAGGAGGGAGGUGGAGGAGCUGAAGAGAAAGAAGGAGGAGGAGAGGCUGGCCCAGCUGAAAACAGCAGUGAAGGAGAGGCAGAGGGAGGAGGAGGAUGAGAAACGUAGAGCAGUGGAAAGGAGGAGGGAGGAGAAGAGACAAGAGAGAGAGAGGGAGCAGGAGAAACAGUGGAGGUUGGAGCGAGACCAGCAGCUCCAGACCCAGGCCCAACAACACUACCACAGAACUCUUUUACUACGGCGAGGCCUGGAGCCAUGGAAACGCCUAGUCGCCCAGAGCCAAGCCAACACUCAGGUGGGGCAUGUGCAGUCUGUGUUGGUGGGGACAGGCAUGGUAGUAUGUCUCAGUCUGUAUGUCUCAUUCUGUGUUGGUGGGGACAGGCAUGAUAGUAUGUCUCAGUCUGUGUGUCUCAGUCUGUGUUGGUGGGGACAGGCAUGGUAGUAUGUCUCAGUCUGUAUGUCUCAUUCUGUGUUGGUGGGGACAGGCAUGGUAGUAUGUCUCAGUCUGUAUGUCUCAUUCUGUGUUGGUGGGGACAGGCAUGGUAGUAUGUCUCAUUCUGUGUUGGUGGGGACAGGCAUGGUAGUAUGUCUCAUUCUGUGUUGGUGGGGACAGGCAUGGUAGUAUGUCUCAUUCUGUGUUGGUGGGGACAGGCAUGAUAGUAUGUCUCAUUCUGUGUUGGUGGGGACAGGCAUGGUAGUAUGUCUCAUUCUGUGUUGGUGGGGACAGGCAUGGUAGUAUGUCUCAGUCUGUGUGUCUCAGUCUGUGUUGGUGGGGACAGGCAUGGUAGUAUGUCUCAGUCUGUAUGUCUGUUGGUGGGGACAGGCAUGGUAGUAUGUCUCAGUCUGUAUGUCUGUGUUGGUGGGGACAGGCAUGGCUGUAUGUCUCAGUCUGUAUGUCUGUGUUGGUGGGGACAGGCAUGGCUGUAUGUCUCAGUCUGUAUGUCUGUGUUGGUGGGGACAGGCAUGGCUGUAUGUCUCAGUCUGUAUGUCUGUGUUGGUGGGGACAGGCAUGGCUGUAUGUCUCAGUCUGUAUGUCUGUGUUGGUGGGGACAGGCAUGGCUGUAUGUUGUUCUUGAGCUGAUAACACCUCUUGGAAGGUUGGCAAAUGGUUGAGGUUUUGAAAUGGGUGGAUGGACAGGCAGUUCUUCCAGGAUGGAGUGGUCUGUUGGAGAGCGCUGGUUAAGUAGUGCUUCAAAAUGGUCAGCCGAACCUCAACAGGAUCUGGUUUUGGUCCUUCAAGAGAGUCAGACCAUGUCUUCAGGGGGUGAUGGAGCAACUUCUAGGACCACUGAUAGCUUUAGGGGAGAUGUAGAGAUUGUGCAUGUCAUUUUUGUCGGCAUAAAUGUGGAUAUCCUGUGCCUUAUUCGUCCACCCUUUGUUCUGCAGAGCACACAAGUGUUUGCACUUCCUUGCGUGAUGCUCUCCAUUGCUGGCGAAGGGCUGUUGAGUAGCCCUGUGCGCAUAUUGUCCAGUAAGAUUGUGAUGGUGUCCGAGUUCUCAUCGAACCAGUCCUGAUGUUUCCUACCUCUGUGGCCAAUGGAGUGGGCCGCUGCCUGAUAGAGCACUGAGCUGACAGCUGCCCACUUCUGGUCCAUGGGGACCUCUGAGCUCAGAAGAGGCUCAGUCUCCCUCAGCCUUUCAGCUCAGAAGAGGCUCAGUCUCCCUCAGCCUUUCAGCGAGAGAGUGAUGGAACUCGUACAUUUCUGGAGAUUUCUCAAGCCGGGUACAGUGCAGAUGCCUCUUACUGCAGGUGUUGUGGGGGGGACAUAUUAUCAGUGUCAUACGGUUAUCUGUCCAGCAUUCUGCACUCCUCGUGGCAGGUGUCAGCAGGACGUCAUUAGUGUCAGAACAUCUCACUAUGAUGUAGCCAAUCAGGGGCCAGUGUCUGGAGCGUGGGGCAUCCAUGAUGUAGCCAAUCAGGGGCCAGUGUCUGGAGCGUGGGGGCAUCCAUGAUGUAGUCAAUCAGGGGCCAGUGUCUGGAGCGUGGGGGCAUCCAUGAUGUAGCCAAUCAGGGGCCAGUGUCUAGAGCGUGGGAGCAUCCAUGAUGUAGUCAAUCAGGGGCCAGUGUCUGGAGCGUGGGGGCAUCCAUGAUGUAGCCAAUCAGGGGCCAGUGUUUGGAGCGUGGGUGCAUCCAUGAUGUAGCCAAUCAGGGGCCAGUGUUUGGAGCGUGGGGGCAUCCAUGAUGUAGCCAAUCAGGGGCCAGUGUUUGGAGCGUGGGGGCAUCCAUGAUGUAGUCAAUCAGGGGCCAGUGUUUGGAGCGUGGGGGCAUCCAUGAUGUAGUCAAUCAGGGGCCAGUGUCUGGAGCGUGGGGACAUCCAUGAUGUAGCCAAUCAGGGGCCAGUGUCUGGAGCGUGGGGGCAUCCAUGAUGUUUUAUAUUUGUUCUUCUGCUGGAACAAGGUGUUGGUGACAAUGAGAUUGUGCUCGGCACAUAGAGUUAGCAGUCUCAUUCCGUUCUCAUUGACCUGGCCAACACCAUGCCUACCCAGCACUCCAUAUCCUGUUGUUUUGUCUCAUCCUAUUAUUGAAGUCACCCUGGGUUCGCGCCCAGGCUCUGUCGCAACCGGCCGCGACCGGGAGGUCCGUGGGACGAC